AUGUCGAAAAGAGUAUUGCCGCUUUGGGCACGCCGUGAGCCAACAAACAGGGGCCCGAAAAACCCAACCGCGAACAAAGCACCGGAAGAAGGCGCAACGGAGGGAGCUGGGAAACGCUUCCGUAGAGAUUCAGUAUUCCCGUCGGAUGAAGCUCCCGUGAUGCAAAGCAUCCCUAUCAAAGACGCACCGGUGGGAGGUGCACCGAAACAGCGCUUCCGUAGAGAUUCAGUAUUCCCGUCGGAUGAAGCUCCCGUGAUGCAAAGCAUCCCUGUCAAAGACGCACCGGUGGGAGGUGCACCGAAACAGCGCUUGCGACAAGAUUCGGUGUUUCCUUCGACUGAUACCACCUACUCCAACGUGCCAUAUCUUCCUUACGUACAGUAUACGGGAGAGAUUGAGUAUUAUACGAAUCUGCCAGAAAUAGCGUGGCGGAGCAAUGAAUUGAUGCUACAAAUUACGAAACAACUACAGGAGACCGAAAAUGACAUUCCGUUAGCGUUUGACAUGGAAUGGCCAUUAACUUACAAAUCCGGUUCGGACCGAACGGCUCUUAUACAGCUGUGUUUACAAACAGACUGUUGCAUAUUAUUUCAAGUUUCUACGCUUCGACGGUUGCCGGCCGCACUGACACAUCUGCUGUAUCACCCACGGGUGGUGCUGCACGGCGUGAACAUUAAAAAUGAUUUCCGCAAGCUUCAACGGGAUUAUCCAGAGUUUAAAGCCGAAAUGGUAUUACAACGGUGCGUUGACCUUGGACAGUGGUACAACAGACUCUACAAUGUUACCGGGCUAUUGAGUUUGGCCAAGCUUACAGAGCUGUGUCUUGGACUUCGCUUGAAUAAGAGCACGAAGGUGCGGAUCAGUCGAUGGGACAUUUCCCCAUUGUCAGAAGAACAGAAGUUGUACGCAGCCAUCGAUGUUUAUGUUGGGCAGAAGCUGUAUCAUAGUUUUGCAGAAAAACAACGUCAGCGAGAGAAAUUACUGAAAUGUCACGCCGCAGCAUGGUCGAAUAUUGAAUGUCAAAAGGCAGAAGACAUCACCAAGGCACCAUUGUCUACCAGUAAUCACGAUCCCAAACCGAAUCCGUCGUAA